AUGGCUUGCGUCGGGUGUUGUGGGUUUACGUCAUGACGUUGACGAGGAAGUGAACACGUGUGAGGAAAAAUAAGAAGUCCGCGUUUGCUGAGGCCACAAACCUUGAGAAAGUUCUUCCUCAACUGUGAACUUCAACAUGGCUGUCAGGGCAUCUUUCGAGAAGAACAACGAAAUAGGCUGCUUCGCCAAAUUAACAAACACAUAUUGCCUAGUUGCAAUUGGUGGGUCAGAGAAUUUCUAUAGUGUCUUUGAAGGCGAGUUGUCAGAGACCAUCCCAGUUGUACAUGCCUCAAUAGCAGGAUGUCGGAUAAUUGGAAGAAUGUGUGUGGGGAAUCGUCAUGGACUCCUGGUGCCCAACAACACUACUGACCAGGAGCUGCAGCACAUUAGGAAUUGUCUUCCAGACACGGUGAAGAUCCAGAGGGUCGAGGAGCGGCUCUCAGCACUGGGGAAUGUCAUAGCCUGUAAUGACUAUGUGGCCCUAGUGCAUCCUGAUCUGGACAGGGAGACUGAGGAGAUCCUGGCGGACAGUCUUAAGGUGGAGGUGUUCCGUCAGACAGUAGCAGAGCAAGUUCUAGUGGGGAGCUACUGUGCCUUCAGCAAUCAGGGGGGACUGGUACACCCCAAAACCUCCAUAGAAGACCAGGAUGAGCUCUCCUCCCUACUCCAAGUGCCUCUGGUGGCUGGAACAGUGAACCGUGGUAGCGAGGUCAUCGCCGCAGGGAUGGUGGUAAAUGACUGGUGUGCCUUCACUGGCCUGGACACCACCAGCACAGAGCUGUCCGUCAUUGAGAGUGUGUUCAGACUGAGCGAGGCGCAGCCCAGUGCCAUCGCUACCACGAUGAGAGACUCUCUAAUUGACAGCCUCACAUAAGAUGCCAGUCCGCCUUGAAUGAAAGGUUUGAGUCAUCCCU